UGCAAUAAGACUUGGUUAUUUCCACGCCCCUCUCAAACAUAUGUUGACUAAUAGAUCUCCAGGUGGCGGGGUAUCACGUGCUACAUGCUGAUAACGAUAAAAAUUUUUACCGACCUAUUUUACAAUUGCACCCACGCAUCACUUCCAACAACGCCCAAAGCUUGUCAAAAUGGACGUGGAUACACCUAUGGCGAUGACGGCCCCUCAGGCCGACUCAGAGCAGUCCGUUCCAACGACCCUCUGCUACAACUGCGGGGCUCCAUUAGCAGGAAGUACGCUGUGCAAUGAUUGCAUGAAAACCUCCGUAGAUAUCUCCGAGGGUAUCCAACGGGAAGCUGUUCUGAAUUUCUGCCGUGAUUGCGAACGUUGGCUUCUUCCCCCAGCCUCAUGGACGGUCGCCGCUCCCGAAUCACGCGAGUUGAUGGCCCUUUGCCUCAAGAAACUAAAACGUCUCAAUAAAGUCAGAGUGGUCGAUGCGUCGUUUAUUUGGACUGAGCCACACUCUCGUCGGAUUAAGCUCAAGCUCACCAUUCAAGACUCCGUUGCCAACGAAGUGAUCCUCCAGCAGACAUUUGAGGUUGUAUAUGUCGUGAUGUACCAGCAAUGUCCGGAUUGCCAAAAGUCUUACACCCAAAAUCACUGGCGUGCCAGUGUCCAAGUGCGACAGAGCGUAUUACACAAGCGGACAUUCCUCCACCUCGAGCAACUUAUCCUCAAACACAACGCCCACAACGACACCACCAAUAUCAAGGAGGCUAGGAAUGGUGUCGAUUUCUUUUUCGCUCAAAGGAAUCACGCUGAAGGCUUUAUUGACUUCCUCCACACUGCCGUUCCCGUGGAAGUGACGAAAUCUCAACAGCUUAUCUCGGAGGAUAUCCACACAUCAACAAAGUCAUACAAGUUUACUUACUCGGUAAAAAUUGUGCCUGUGUGUAAAGAUGAUCUAGUAGCUCUGCCGAUCAAGCUAGCACGACAACUAGGCAACAUUUCUCCAUUGCUUCUCUGCAACAGGAUCGGUACAUCUAUAUCCUUCCUUGAUCCAAGCACCCUCCAGGUCGCAGAACUUAAUUCGAAAAUUUAUUGGCGAGCGCCGUUCACAUCUCUCGCGGAGGCGAAAGACCUGGUGGAGUUUAUUGUUCUUGACGUAGAACCCACAGGUUACAGUAAUGGCAAAUGGCAUUUGGCAGAAGCUACCGUUGCCCGGGCCUCAGACUUUAGCGGCGACAAGCAGUAUUUUGCCAGAACCUACUUGGGAAACAUUAUCCAUCCGGGUGACUCCGUGCUGGGCUAUAUGCUGACCGGAGCGAAUUUCAACAACCCUGAAUUCGACCAAAUCGAACAAUCAAAGGCUUUCGGAUCAAGAAUACCAGAUGUGAUGCUUGUGAAGAAGUACUAUCCCCGCAGACAGAAGAAGAACAAGCGUAACUGGAAGCUCAAGCGUCUGGCCGUGGGCGAAAGUGACUUGUUGCCCACUGAUCACGAGAAAGAGCGCGUGGAAAAUGAUUUCGAGAUGUUCUUGCGCGACGUCGAAGAGGAUGCAGAGCUGAGGGCUACACUUGCACUUUAUCGGAACAAGAAGAAGGACGAUGAGAUGAGCAUUGCAGAAACCGAUAUGACGGAUGGUGAAGUGCCGAAGAUUGAUAUGGAUGAAUUGCUGGAUGACUUUGACGACCUUGAUAUUCACGAUAACUAAGCAUGAGAUGAGGAUUGAAUCACUAUAACUGGAUAUACCCUUGAUAGAUAACCUGCAAUAUAUCAAAAGUUUCCUGC